AUAAAGGGAACCCACGCGAAAGCAAGCUGCAUACCACGGCGGCGCGUCGCGCGCAAACGGAGCCGACAACGACUGUCACGACUACAACAACAACGCGAUCGCACGCACGCAAUCGCCUACCGGAGCAGCCAUUCAUGGGGUCCUACACAUCUCGCUGUCGAUUGUCGAUGACUGUCUGAACCGAUCACGGGUACGUCCGUGAUGCGUGGUGGAUUGCGCGCUGCGAACACAGUUGCGGACGGCGGCGUGGUGCGGUGAAAGCCCUCGGUGAAUUCCCCCUGGCGAUCGGCGACGGAGGUGGUGGUGCGUGUAUACGCGUUCGAUCGCUUACGGUGUGACCGGUGGUAUAGCGCGUCUGACACCGUUGGCCAUCGACGGGACGAUCGCGCCGUGAGGAUCCCUCCACAGUCACGGACCUGCCGUCAGACGUGGAUCCGUUUGCGGACCGUUGUUGCCGCUCGUCGCCGGUUCAACAACGAUCCUCUUCCUGCUCGCUCGAGAUCUCGGUCGGUCGGCCGAGAGCAUUGCCGCCAGCAGCAAUUUGCUCCGAAUCGCCCGGAAUCGUGAUUAUGCGUUCGCAGACAACGCUACCGGGCCUAUGGUGAUCAACCGUUAUCUAAAUCACCCGUUUGCCGAUAAGCCGUAAUUGGGAUUUCGUGAGGACAAUUAUUUUGCACGAGCAUGGCGCUGGCCAAGAUCAGGACUUUUAUCGACAACAGCCUGAAGACGGUGUCCACGCCGUUGGACCGCACGGUGAAUCUGGAGCCGGAAAUCGGCAUUAAGAUCGUGCACUCGCCAAACGACAAGACACUAAACGUCACAGUUCUCGGCGCCAGACACUUGCCACAGAACUUCGGCUUCACCAGAGUCAAUAGCUACGUCGUGAAGGUGAAGCUAAUUCCUGGAAAGGAUAAGUUCGAAACUACCUCGAGGAAUGAAUCCUGGCCGCAGUGGAAUGAGGAAUUUGUUUUUCCUUUGCGCAAGGAAACCAAGCAAAAGUUUGGCAAAUCGAAAGUCGUCGAGGAGGAAAUUAACGGAUCUAGAUUUAUCGUCGCGACUCUCUACGCGGUUCUUGAGGACAAGCCUCUGAUAGCGACUGAAAAGAAGGAUUCGGAUAAAGAUAAAACGUCGCCUACUAAAGAGGCGCCGAAGAAGGGCGGGAAAAAGAAGGAAGGUCAAAGCACUUCUACCGAUCAAGAAACCACCAAGAAUAAACUUCUCAGCCAGUUCUUUGGCAAGACUUCCGACAAGCUUGCGGAACCCACGGUCGCAGAGAGAAGAGCCUACGACAAGAGGCGAACUGUUGGCGCGACGACAAUUCCACUUGAUCCGAAGAACUUCGUUUGUAAACCGCCGAAAUCAAAACAUGCCAGUGACGUGUCCACAGGAGAUCUGUGGAAACCACUACGACCGAUCGCCAGUGGUAUCGCAGGUGCCGAGGAACGAAAAGAGAACAAAAAGGGACAAGUCGAAUUGUCUUUAUGUCUAUCGAAGGGUGAAAAAGAUGAAGACAGCGGCGGGCAGUUGAUACUGUCUCUAAACCGUCUGAGAUGUUCGCUUCAGACGAUGCAUGAGCACGAGGGUCUAAAAGGACAAAUGUAUCUGAAGAUGUCGGUUGUCGACAGCGGUCGAGUAACACACUUCUGGAAGAGUGAUCGAUUUGCACCGACGGUGUCCAUGAAAUUCUCGCCGGACACGGCGAAAGUCGUCGCCGACAAUCCGUAUAAAGGAGCUCUCAACGACGUGAGCUUCGUUGUAAAGUUCGUUUCGAAGAAUAAAAUAGGCAAGAAGACUCCCGUGGGCCACUUUGUAAUCGGGCCUGACGUUGGUGGAGCCUACGGCGAGCAAUGGAAGCAGGCUUUAGCGAAACCGGGGCAACAGAUAACGAAAUGGCAGGCGUUUGAAUAAAAGUAAGGCGCACGGGACGUCGAUAACUUAUUCAACAUUAUGAAAACCGCAACCGUUGAACGACGUACUUUUCCGCUUAGGUAUCUAGAGACACCGCGGCGAAAAUGAGAGCGCUAUAUACGCGCGUACGUACGCCAUAAAUAUUUAAGACACCGAUCGAUAAGGCUAUUCCAAAGAAUACCAUAGAGUUCGAAUGGAAAUGUUCACGUGAAUCUUUCUUGCUGCACAUAGUGAACAAUGUCUAUCAUCUGCUGCUGAUUUUACACAUGAAAAAAUCAUUAUAUGAUUUCACAAGAGGAAAUUGUUUUUAAAUGAAUCUAGUUGCAAUUUUCGAUCGCGCAUAUAUUUUGUAUAUAUAAAAUCUUUGCCAAUUUUAACCGUCCUUGAUUCCACAAAGGAGAGAACUCGAUGUUUCUAUCCCGAAUCCGAUUAAUGUAACCGUCCGUAAAGUAAGAGCUAUCUAAGCAUAUAUGUGUAAUGGAUAUAUAUUUGUAACAAGUACAUAUCAUAUUUUGUAAGAUCACAAGAAUAAGCUCGCCAUGUAACUUUAGUAUUAAUUGAUAUUUUAAUUGUUUCGACACAGAUAACAUAAUAUAAUUUUUAUAUGAAUUAAAACGCUCGUAUAUAUAGUGGUUUAUAAAAGCGUGUCGUUAACAUGAUGCUAUAUCUUUUUAAUAAUGAUAAAUUUUACUAGUUUUAUAUACGUUAAAUGCUCAUUUUUAUUAUUGUGCUAACUAGAAACGAUCAAUGUUCGGAGUCGAUAUUAGCAAAAAGUAUAUUUCUAAUUGUGAUACAUCGAAAUAUUUUUUUUAUCAAUCAUUAUUUAUACAUUUAACAUAAAAUAUUUUAUGUUAAUAUUAAGAUGCCACAAAAAUUGCAAAAUAUAUCGUUAUACAAUUGCACUAUAUCUCUUUAAAGACAUUAAGUAUUAAUUAAUUAAUAUUAAUAUUUUCAGUUGUAUUUUCAGUAUUUUUACAGCUCAAAUAAGAAUGCCACAAAAAAAGAUAGAAUUACAAAGUAUUUGAAAAAUUGUGUAAUAUUAAUUAUACAUAUAUCUUCUAUAACGGUAUUAAUUAUAUACUUUCUCGAUGAUAUUUUAAGGAAUACUUGUAUGUUUGUAACCGCUGACACCAAAAAAGUACACAGUAUAUUUCAUUUAAAGUAAUGUUUUUAUUUACUUUUGCAUUGUAUGUUAAAGAAAAACUAUUUAUAAAUAUAUCUGAUAUUAUCCACAAUUUUAUUCUCCAGCGACGAAUAAAAAACUCACUAAGUUUUCCAAGUUUUAUUGUCAAUACAGUAAAACUCCGUUUAUUCGCAUUCUAUUUAUACGAACAAUUUUGAAUACUGUUCCAAAUAUACGAAUAAAUCUAUAGCUAAGCUUUUAUUAGUAGCAUCAUUCGGAUAAUAAAAGCUCAACGUGCUCGACUUCAGUUUUUUGUGAACGUCAGUUUCUAUUAUCGAAACUAAUAAGUGAAUCUGUACUAUCCGAACCAUUCGGUUAUCGAAAUUGUCUUGUCUUCGACAUGUUCAGAUAAACGGAGUUCUACUGUCUAAUUUCAAUCUAAUUUCAAUUUAGAAAUUGUUAUUUUAUUAUCUGUACUUUAUACACAAUCGUGUAACAAUUUUAUAAAAUUUUGGGCACGAUAUAUAAAAUGAUAUGUUGUGCUUUAUGUGAAUAAUUGUGUUAAAUACGAAUAUUAUACGAAUAAAAUACAUGAUGGUGA